AUGUUAGCAGCAGCAAAAUACAUAGGAGCAGGAUUAGCUUGCUCAGGAUUAAUUGGAGCCGGAGCCGGAAUCGGUUUAAUCUUCUCUUCUUUAAUCGCAUCUACUGCAAGAAACCCUCAAAUAAGAGGACAAUUAUUCUCUUACGCAAUCCUUGGAUUCGCUUUAGCAGAAGCUACAGGAUUAUUCUCACUUAUGAUUGCUUUCUUAUUAUUAUACUCAUAA